AUGGAACUCGAGUCUUUCAAGCUCGAGUUCCAUGUGGCUAAAUUACUCCACGACAGCAGUAGAACUCGAUCCUUUGCUUUAGAUAUCACUGCCGCUAAGAAAGGGGACACUGUCUACAAUCUAUUUCUGGAAUUUGCUUCGGGAGGAAGCCUUAUGGAUUUAAUUGAAAGUUACUGUGCUUUUGGUUCUCCCAUGCCCGACUGCCUUAUGGGUUUGACGUCAAGUUGCAGAUUUUGGGUUGGCAAAGAGGAGAUUUCUGUGAGGGGGACAAGGGAUUUCUUUUCUCCUGAAAUGGUGAAGUCUGGCAUGCAGGAGGUGCCGUCAGAUAUUUGGGCUGUAGGUUGUACAGUGCUCAUGAUGCUCACUGGAGAGCCACCAUGGGACACUGCAUUGGUUUCUGACAUUAUAUCUCACGUUGCUUGUGAAUCACCACCUAUUCCAAGCUAUAUUUCAAAGGCAGCGGAAGACUUCUUGAGGGGCUGGCUGCUUUUUGAGGAAUCCACUGGAGAGAAUGACAGCUAA